UGAUGCUGACGCAGUUCCUUACCAGGAAGUUCCAACAUAGUACAUAGUACAGUACACUGUGGAUGUACGUUUUGCUUCAAAGUGGAAUACUCCUCGUAGGUAUUUUCUUUAUAAACAAAGGGAAGAAAUCGCCUUUUGAUUUUAUUAGAGUACAUUUAUAUGUAGGACAAAACAGAGUCGUUUUUAUUUUGUAGUUUGUAGUAGAAUGCGUUACUGUCGUUUUUGUUAGCUGGCUAGCUAACAAGCCAGCUAGCACCCGUGGUUGUUUAGAUCAGUUAAUAUUGACGUUACAUCAACAGGAACUAAAUUGGGGUUCUAGUGCUAAAUCGCGGGGUUGUUUUUCCAUUGCAUUCAGUGGAAUAACGAAAUAGCUGCAUUUUUCAAAGUGUGUGCGAAGUAAAAGGUAAUAGUUAACUUAAAUCGUAAGUAGUGCACAAGCUAACUCAUUAGCUAAGCCCAGCCGCGGUCGUCUUCCCUUCGGUACCACACUCGGGGACUGCUUGGUUUCUCCAGUGGAUGCCUGGUGAGCUUAAAAGGCUCUCUGUAAAGCGGAACCAAUGCGUGGGAUGAUGGGGACUCAGAGUAGUCCUGUCAAGAGCUACGAUUAUCUCCUGAAAUUUCUACUGGUUGGAGACAGCGAUGUUGGAAAGGGGGAAAUCUUGGACAGCUUGCAAGACGGAUCAGUAGAGUCUCCCUAUGCGUAUAGCAGUGGAAUUGAUUACAAGACCACCACAAUUCUUUUGGAUGGGAGGAGAGUGAAACUUGAGCUAUGGGACACGUCAGGUCAAGGCAGAUUCUGCACCAUCUUCAGGUCUUACUCUCGCGGAGCACAGGGCAUCCUGCUGGUGUAUGACAUCACGAAUGGCUGGUCAUUUGAUGGCAUUGACCGUUGGAUCAGAGAAAUUGAUGAGCAUGCCCCAGGUGUGCCCCGGAUUCUUGUGGGAAACCGGCUUCACUUGGCUUUCAAGCGGCAGGUUCCAACGGAGCAGGCACGAGCUUACGCAGAAAAGAACAGCAUGACGUUCUUCGAGGUCAGUCCGCUCUGCAACUUCAACGUCAUCGAGUCUUUCACAGAGCUUUCACGCAUCGUGCUGAUGAGGCAUGGGAUGGAGAAAUUCUGGAGGCCCAAUAGAGUCUUCAGUCUGCAAGAUCUGUGCUGCCGUUCUAUCGUCUCCUGCACACCGGUGCACCUCAUUGACAAACUUCCCCUCCCUGUGGCCAUCAAGUCCCACCUCAAGUCUUUCUCCAUGGCCAAUGGCAUGAAUGCAGUCAUGAUGCAUGGACGCUCUUACUCUGUGGCUAACAGUGCCGCCUCAGGUGGUAGCGGUGGUGGAAGCAAAGCUAACAGCCUGAAGCGCUCAAAGUCCUUCAGGCCUCCACAGAGUCCUCCAAAGAGCUCGUCGUUGUCCCCUAAAGGAAACUGUAAGAUAUCAUAGUGAAAGAGCAGACUGAUGGUUCCUCCAUAGAGCCAGUGUUAAAAGUGUUGUUGCUCCAAGAGGUCAUGAGGCCAGAGAAAAGUACGGAGGCCUGCCAGCAAUGGAUAUAGCUGUGAACUUUCCUUGACCUUUUGGGAACUGACUUGGAUGGUUGGUUUCUGUUAUCUCUUUCCGCGUGCUGGUGCCAUCUUGUGGAUGUUCGUUUACCUGUACUCUACUACAGCAACUCACUGUGAUCAAGUAGAAUAAGAUUCCCCUGGGACCAACACAUGUGAAUCGAGGAUUACAACUCACCGGUUAACACUACAAACAAAUAGAGGGGCUUCUUUUUUAAGGUUUAUUGGUAUUUAAAUUCUGACUUGAAACUGUAAAUACAUUACGUGCUCUUGUUUUGUUCUGUGGUGAUUGUCUUGGGAAGGAAUUUCUUAUGCUUGUUUUGUUUUGAAUGUUUUGGGGAGACCUGCUUCAGUGUUGUCUAUCAUUGACAUUUUUUUCCAGCCUCAGUUGUCAUAACUUAUUCAAAAUUCACAUAGUUUUUAAAAUAAGAUUGAAUGUCAUGAGAAAAUCUUUUUACAAGCAGCCAAGAGCUUAAAGAGAAUUUAGGAUUUAUUAACUGAGAGAUGAUGUUAGUCGAGGCAUUACUUAAUCUGUAAAACUGUCUGAAAAAAUUCAAGCCAAGUUGGCUUGUUGGCAAGACUUAAAUUUCAGCCCAUUGAAAUAAUCCUGCAUCUCCAUCACUCAUUUUUUCAGACAACUGUUUACUUGCUCUGACAUUUUACACCUCUAAAGCUUGUUUUCUUUCUUGGAUCACUGCUUAACUGGAUUAAACCUUCCAGAGCGUGAUCAGUUUUAAUCUGUUAACUUAUUAAACAAUUGCUCUGUGCUCAUUAGGAAACCUUGUACAAAACCAUGUACAGAUUGUUUACUCAUUUUGGGGGUUUAAUCUUAAAAAACAUUAAACAUUUGUGUCUUGGUUCUUAAUAUUUCAUAACUUGUAACGGGCGUUGGUGAGAAGAAUCUUUUAAUUUGGUUGCUUUGCAGAUAUUUUAUAUACAUGAUAUGUAUUUCUGAAUGUAAAACAGUAUUCACCUACAUUUCUAUGGCCAUGUGGUUAUAUUUGAGAUUGUAAUAAUUGGUGGUUGGAAUAUUCUUUAGUAGUUUCAUACAUUUGGUUGCACUUCUGCAGUUUCCCAGCAUUGUUAAAUGUGUGUGAAUACUAGAAGAACUUACAGUCGUUCUUUACAGAUGUGCUGUGGAUAUAAUGCGAGCACAGUGUAAGGUUGGAUAAAGAUUUCAGAAAGGAUGUUAAGUAUUUUAACCAUGGCUACUGAUAUUUUCUUUUAUUAAUUGAACAAUCUAAACAAAUAUUUUAAUUUUGAUCUGUACUCUUAUUUUUGUUCCACGUUCAAAGAACAUUGGUGAAUUCCCACUUCAGCAUUUUCAUGGUUAAAUACAUGUAUUCGGCUAAUGGGGGGGCCUACAAAAAUUGGUGCAUGUUUGCUAUUGGCUCCUGUUCUAUGUGAUUUAUUGAGACCAGAACAAUGGAUUAACAACUCUUGGGUGAACAUCUAAAGCACUAUAUGUAAAUGUUUGAUAAUGAUUGUUGCUAUCAGCGCUGUGUAUUGGGAUGAAGCCUUAAUUCUUAUUUUAUCUCCAUCAAAAACAGUCAAAAUAAAGAGUA